AUGUACAAUACAUUGAUGUUCGUUUCGGUCCCUUCAUUGCCGACAGAUCUAACCGCUCCAGGGGUCGACAUCUUGGCAGCAUGGUCCCCGAAAGCGCCAAUGUCAGAAUACGGCCUUGAUCCACGCUCGGUGAAGUAUAACAUGUCAUCCGGGUCGUCCGUUGCUUGUGCACAUGCAACUGGUGUAGCUGCCUAUGUAAAAUCGUUUCAUCCAAAAUGGUCUCCUGAUGCUAUUCGAUCUGCUCUGAUGACUACAGCUUCUCCCUUGAAUUCUACUAAAAACCCAUAUGGCGAAUUCGCCUACAGGGCGGGCCAGAUCAAUCCGCUGAGGGCCGUUGAUCCUGGUCUAGUUUACGAUGCGGAUGAAGCUGACUACAUAAAAAUGUUAUGUGCUCAAGGCUACAACUCAGAUAAAAUCAAACUCAUAUCCGGCGAUAAUAGCCAUCGUCCUGAUGUAUCCAACAUCACUGUGAGAGAUUUCAACUACCCUUUGAUGACGGCUUUCAUCAAAGAUGGCUCGCCAGUCACUAUAAAAUUUUCAAGAACGGUCACGAACGUUGGCCCGGCGAAUUCCACAUACAAAGCGACCGUUACGUCCAAAUUGAAAGCUAUAAAGGUCACUGUUGUUCCAACUGUUCUAUCUUUCAAAUCGUCAAGUGAGAAGCAAGAUUUCGUUGUGACGGUCGUUGGAGAAUUACCAACGGAUGCGACGGUGUCUGGUUCGCUGGUGUGGUCUGAUGGCAAACACAAGGUCAGGAGCCCGAUCUUUCUCUUUACCCGUUUCACUUAUCGUUGA